AUGAUAGACUUUUACCUCGUAUUCCAUUUUCUUUUUGCGCUGAUACAAUUUCUCAUCGGGGUUUUAGCAAACGGCAUCAUUGUGGUUGUGAAUGGCAUGGUGUUGAUCAAGCAGAGAAAGAUGAUUCCAUUGGAUCUCCUUCUUUCUUGCCUGGCGAUUUCCAGGAUUUGUCUGCAGUCAAUGAUCUUCUACGUUAAUCUGGUUAUUCUCUCCUUGAUUGAUUUCUCCCCGCUUGUUAAGAAUUCUCUAAUUUUCAUGUUUGUAAAUGAAAUGGGACUUUGGUUGGCCACGUGGCUCAGCGUUUUCUACUGUGCCAAGAUUGCCCCCAUCGCUCACCCACUCUUCUUCUGGUUGAAGAUGAGGAUAUCCAAGUUGGUGCCAUGGCUGAUCGCCGGGUCUCUGCUGUUUGCCUCCAUCCCUCUCAUCCAAAGCAAGCAUACGUGGGCUACUUCCCAAAAAAUCUUGUUGGGACUUUUCUUCCCAAAUACAACAAAUGCAAUCAAGGAAACAUCUGCUUUACAGAUUGUCUUUUUUGCUAGGUUUUCACUGCCGUUUGUUAUCUUCCUCAUUUCUACUCUGCUCCUCAUGUUUUCCCUGGGGAGACACACCUGGCAGAUGAGAAACACAGCGACGGGCACCAGGGACGGUAGCACAGGUGUCCAUGUGAGUGCGCUUCUGUCCAUUCUGUCCUUCCUGGUCCUCUACCUCUCCCACUACACGACAGCUGCUUUCCUCUCGUCUGACAUUUUCAAGCUCAGAAGACUCAUGUUUCUGUUCUGUAUCUUGGUGUUUGGGUCAUAUCCCUCAGGCCACUCUAUUAUCUUAAUUUUAGGAAAUCCUAAACUGAAACAACAUGUGAAGAAGUUCCUCCACCAUGGGCAGUGCUGCCAGUGA